AUUUACAAAGACCAUGACGUCACAUCACGCAUGCGCUUUCUUUCUUAGUUUGGUUUGAUAGCUUCUCUGGACGACCUACAAGGAGUCAACAGUCUAAAAAUGUACAAAAUAAUUACCAUUUUGGCAGUUGCCUUAGCAGCAUUUUUAUGUUUUGAAUUUGGAAACGCCCUCCAGUGCUACCAAUGCAAUUCAUAUUUCCAACAGGACUGUUCUGACUACUUUAAUAACCACUCACAUUCCUUAGUAGAUUGUGGAGAAAAUGUGACGAUGUGUAGGAAAAUUGUCCAGGAAGUUUAUUAUAAUGAAGAAUGGAAUACACGCUACAUUCGUCAGUGCGCCCCCUCUGGAGAGAUCGGAGACGAUGAAGGUCGUGUUUGCAAGGAGAGAACUGGAACAUACCGGAUCAAAAUGCGAUACUGUCACUGUGGAAACCAGCAUGGUUGUAACAGCGCAUCCAGUGUGCAGCUGUCACUCAUUGUGCUCCUCCUCCCCAUUGUAGCUGCUGUCAAAUCUCAAUUGUCAAAUGACUUAUGAAAAUGAUGUUCAGUUUUAGUCUGUUUUAAGAAUAAAAUUUUAUUUAAAGCUGUAUGGUCUGUAAUUUACCUGAUAAAAUUUCGUGCAAACGAUUUGUUUAAUAAAGUUUUUAAAAAGUAUCAUGAUUUUGUAAGAAAAGGGAUAUGAUGUAAUUAAAAAAACCACAGCUAAUAUGAUAUAAAAAAAGAAAGAUGUAAGGUGAUUCAUACAAUUCAAAGUACAAAAGUGUAUCUAUGAAAUUAAGAGAGAGAAAAAUGUGUUUGGUUUGGACUUCAUUGUUCUUCAGGAGUUUAAGACUAUUUAGGAAAAAUACAAACGUGUUAACCCUGUUACCUUUCCGUCACACAUACAAGAAGAAAUUCAAUAAACCCCUUAAGUGAAACGUGAUACUUUUAGUCGAGAAAGGUUACAUUGUUGUGAUGGAAAACAUCAUAAAGCUAACGGUUCAAACUUAUAACUUCAUGGGGUGGGGGAAACUGUCCAUAUCAUUAAAAGUUUUUGUCACACACAUCAGAUAUGUACAGUUUUUCUUGCAUUUAAAAAUAUGCCACUAUUGCAGACCAUACAGCUUUCAUGGUGUGAAAUUAAUAGUACAUUCAACUAAGUUUAGGGUCUAUGCAAAAAGUUAAGGAAUUGAAUUUUAAAGUUGACUUGGAAUGUCUAAUAUGUGCGUUUUUGAGAAUCGCAAUGGUUACAUUUUAAAAGAUUUCCCGUCAUUUACUUUAUCUUCAAGAAUCUCGUUCAUCUCCUGGAUAUUCAUUAAUUUUUGUUGUAACCUCAGCAAGACAUUGAAAUAAAAAUGUUUCAAUUUCAGCAAACUCUCUCUUGAAAUUGUCACAAAUAUAAUAAUGAACAUUUCUUUGUGAUAGCUAAAAAUAUAUUUGCAGAAUUUUCAACUGCAUUUCAUUUACAUCCUUAUUUCAUUUAUAUAUUGGCAAAUUACACCAAUGCUUUGUAUAUUACUGUUAGAUUUUAGAUUUCACUUUUUGACAUUUAAUAAAAUUUGUGCAAUGUUUUUUUCCUAAUGUUUGUAUUGAGUAAGAAUUUGUUCAGGUAGCAUGGCCAGCAUGAUGUAGAAAUAGUUGUUACUUUCUGAAACUCGUGUAGACAGCUUCAUGUAUAAACACUACAUAUUAUCUCUCCUUCGGUCAUAAAUGCAAUAUUGUAUAUAAGCAGUGUUGACAGAUAUUAACAUGAAAUGGAGAGUUUCAACAGUACACAUAGAUAUUAACAUGAAUUAAUUUAGUUGUCUAUAUUCCUCCUAGAGACACUGUUAUGUCAAGUAUAGGUGAUAUGGUGGGGAGUUAUGUCCCUUUCCUUGUUGAGGCUUUUUUGUUUAAUAACAUGCUAAACACAAUGAGUAGAUGUGAGGUGUGUAAGAAAAGAAUCAUUGUAUUAAGCCAUACUAAUGUCACGUGGCAUACUGAAAUCAUAAAUUCUUUUCAAUUAACAUAAAAAUAUGUUCUUGUUUUUUAACUUUUAUUAUCUUUAGAUAUCAGUGAUAUAAUUUUUUUCAUCGAGAACAUUCCAUAUUUUAUUUUACGGUUGUGUGGAACAGUGGUUGUGAUGAUACAUCUGAUCACCAGCCAGAUAGUGUAUUUUGAGUUUUGGUACUAUUGUAUGACUUAACGCAUUCAUUAUCACGGUUAUUUGUUCUAUGGCAGGUACUGAUGUUUUGUUAAACACGAAUUUUAAAGAUUUGUAUAUGUAGUCAGAUUUCAGAAUAAAUUUUUAAUUUU